AUGGACGGCAGCGUAGCUUUGUUGAAGACUUCUCCAGUUCGUGUUGGUGGUGAGGUUGAUGAGUCCACGGAGUACUUUCAUCGACUUUUCUGGACGUUCCCUCCAUGCGUUGAGGCUUUUAAACAUUGCAAGCCACUGAUCAACAUUGACGGAACGCAUCUGUAUGGGAAGUAUGGCGGGACUUUGCUUCUGGCUAUUGCGCAAGAUGGAAACUCCAAUAUAUUGCCAGUUGCGUUUGCACUUGUUGAGGGGGAGAACGCUGAGUCGUGGGCUGUUUUCUUAUCCCACUUGCGUCAACAUGUGACCCCACAGGAAAGGAUUCUGGUGAUUUCUGACAGACACAACGGCAUUAAGGCUGCACUGGAGGCACCGGACAGUGGUUGGAAACCGCCUCAUGCAUAUCGAGCGUAUUGCAUUCGACACGUUGCAGCCAAUUUUGCCCUCAAUUUCAAGGGUCAAGAUGCGAGGCGGAUGCUCGUGAAUGUGGUGUAUGCGAAGACUGAGGCCGAGUUUGACUACUGGUUUGAUAUUAUGAGGACUGAGAAUCUGGCCAUGUGUGAUUGGGCCAACUGGCUGGAGUACGAUAAGUGGACCCAACACCAGGAUGGAGGCAGACGGUUCGGCCACAUGACGACGAAUAUAUCCGAGUAUGUUAACUCUGUACUGAAGGGGACACAGAAUCUUCCUGUAACUGCACUUGUGAAAUCCACAUAUGGGAGAUUAUCAGAGCUUUUUGUCGUCCGAGGGCAGACAGCAGAGGCACAGUUGGGAUCAGGCCAACGGUUUUGCCAAGUGGCCCUGGUGAAGGUGAUAGAGCGCAACCUGAAAGAUGCAAGGUGCUUGACGGUUACUCUGUUCGAUAGACAUCAGUCUGAGCAUACCGUGGCUGAGACGACUCCUACCGAGAAUUUCUCGCUCGGGACGUAUCGAGUUUCCCUUAGAGAUCACACUUGUGACUGUGGGUACUUUCAAGCUCUCCAUUACCCUUGCUGCCAUGCGAUUGCAUGCUGUGCUCAGUCCCGGUUAGACUGGGCUAUGUACGUCCAUGAGGUUUAUACCAUGAGUAAUGUGUUCAACGUAUACCGGAUGGGAUUUUUGCCACCUAUUCCAGAGGGUCUCUGGCCACCAUACGCCGGUCCUACUAUCAUCCUUGAUCCUAACAUGAGACGUGCCAGAGAAGGGCGACCAAGGUCAACAAGAAUUCAUAACACCAUGGAUGAGGCCGAUACUGGUCGGCCGAAGCGAUGCGGGCUAUGCAGACAGAUAGAACACACACGCAGGACUUGCCCUCAACGAGGAUCCGCCCCCAGUGCCGAGGCAUAG